UCAGCCUCGGGGUUCCCCAGAGGGAAGAAGGGGAAAAUGGCCGCCUCCCAACGGCUUGGGGAGCGUGACUACCCUUCUCCACGCCGCCGCCCGUAACGCCCGGCUGUCGCUGCCGCCUGUGGGGGGGGUCACGGCCCCCCCGGGCCCUUGUGGGCGGGGGAGGCCGGUCCUGUUGAUUUAUGAGCAUUGGUGAGGGAAAAGCUUGCUUUUCAAGAAAUAUUUAUGACGUGUUGAGUUAACCUGGCCAAAAGCUAAUGUCAUCAGAAACGCCAACAGAAAGUCCAGAGGUGCCAACGGAAAAUACCAUGUCCCCCGAAGUUCCUGAUGUGGAAGGAGAGGUGAAGUCAAGUGACAAUCUGGUGGAGAGACGGGAGGCAGGCUCGGACAAGGAAGAAUGCCUUGAGUCCAUGUCUAAGAGGCAAAGAAAGAAACUAUUGAAGCAGAAACAGUGGGAAGAACAGAAAGAUCUACGGAGGCAGAAACGAAAAGAAAAACGCCAGAAGAGAAAACUAGAACGUCAGUCAAAAUUGGACUCCAAUAACGAAGGGAAUGACAGAAAGCGUAUGCGAAGGGAAGUUGUUCCUAGUACGCUUCGCCUCAUUGUGGACUGCAGCUUUGAUGACCUGAUGGUGCUAAAGGAUGUUAAGAAGCUUCACAAGCAAAUUCAGAGAUGUUAUGCAGAAAACCGCAAAGCAUUUCAUCCUGUGCAGUUUUACUUGACCAGCCAUGGGGGACAGUUGAAGAGCAACAUGAAUGAAAAUGACAAAGGAUGGGUGAACUGGAAGGAUAUCCAAAUUAGAACAGAGCACUACAGUGAGCUAAUAAAGAAAGAAGACCUAGUGUAUCUUACCUCAGAUUCCCCGGACGUUCUCAGUGAGCUUGAUGAGAAGAAAGCCUAUGUGAUUGGAGGACUGGUGGAUCACAAUCACCACAAGGGAGUUACUUACAGAAAAGCUGUAGAGCAAGGAAUUGGUCAUGCACAGCUCCCGCUUGGAAACUUUGUCAAGAUGAACAGUCGGAAAGUGUUAGCCGUCAAUCAUGAGCGUCUUUCUGCAGAGCAGGUUGGCUCUUCUGGUGAUCGCCUGAGGCCAAACGCUGGAGGUGAAGUAAAGAACAUGAACUCACCUAGACCGAAAGUCUACAGGCCUGGCUGUAUUGAUCUCAAGAUUUUCAAGAUGGACACACCUGCAUAUUUCAGGCGUCAACCACUGAAGCAUUGCACUGGAAGCAGAGAUGAAUUGCUGUCCUGUUUUAUAGUAGGAAAAACCCAAGAAAUUAGUUUCUGAUAACAUAAAUAAAUAUUUACAUUUAGUGCUCUCAUGCAUUUCUUAAAGCAAGAUCCUUCUUUGAAUCCAGCUUCAGCUGUAAAAAGUUAACAAAACUAUAGAAAGAUAGGCUGGGAAGUUCUCUGCUUCUCCCUGUUGCCCCCAGGGAAGAUCAGCUCUGGCAUGCUUGUCUAACCAGUCUUACAGACCUCCAAGAUGAUGGUGCCACACCAUCUCCAAGCAAUCUACCUUUUUUGCUAUCCGUACCCAGAGAAAGUUUUUUUCUGAAGUGUAAUUUGAAUUUUUUUUGUUCAGUCUUUGUCGACUUUGUUAAGUCAAUUUUUUUUUGUUGUUCAGUCUUUGUUGACUUUCAGUCAUUUUUUUCCCUGGCCACCAAGGAGAUGGAGGACAGAACAUUAAAAAGAAAGGCUGCACAGAAGCUCUAGAAGAAUAUGAUCACUGUGUUUCACCAUCAGGCAUCCUUACUCUCCUUAGGAAAGCUCUGAUUUUCAUCACUGAGCUUUGUAAAGUUUCAGGUAUUACCAGAACUAUUACUGAGCAAUCCUGAGCAGCUGCUAAACAGCAGAAGACAUCCAGAGAUCUUUACACCUGUCUGAUAAAACAUUAGAAAGGCAAUAAAGAAGGUAUGGCUCAAUGAACCUGAAAAGAAAGACUCAGAAGCAGGAAAUACAAAGAGGGUAUGGCAGAAAGUCAAACCUGGCUGAAAUGGGCAAACUUUCCUUUAGCAGCAUGCAGCGUUGAGGUCACAGCAAGGUGCCAUAAGUAAAUCUGUUGUCUCGUUCCCUUCCCACUGAUACUCAGCCCCCCUGGUUAUGGGUGGGACGUGACAGAUCUACCAGAUUUCUGAAGUCUGGGACUCCAGCAGCGUUCAUCUGCAUCUGUGUUGUGGCAAUUUCCCGAGCACGGCCCUAUUGCAGGUUAGUGUACUAGCCCCCUACUUGUCAUUUCCUUGGAUUCAGGUCAAUUUAUCUUUGGUUUCCACAUAGACUCCCAUCCUAUGUCAUAUAUGCUCAUUGACCCUGUGUUUGGUUAUGGAGCAAUUGUGUUUGAUUCUAAACUUGACUCUGCAGGAGGGUGUCGUGGCCACCGGCAGCUGAGCACCACGUGGCUGCUUGCUCACUCCUCUCCCCUGGUGGGGUGGGGAGGAGAAUCGGAAGAAAAAGGUAAAACUUGUGGGUUGGGAUAAGGACACUUUACUGGGACAGCAAAGGGAGAGGGAAAUGGCAACAACAAAUUUAGAAUAUACAAAGCGAAUGAUAGACAAUGCAAUUUGCUCACUGCCAACCCGAUGCCCAGCCUGUCCCCAAGCAGCAGCCCCUCCUCCCCAGCCAGCUUCUCCCCAGUUAUAUACUGAGCAUGACAUCAUAUGGUAUGGAAUACCCCUUUGGCUAGUUUGGGUCACCUGUCCUGGCUGUGUCCCCUCCCAGCUUCUUGUGAAAAUUAACUAUCCCAGCCAAAAACCAGGACAGAGGGCAUCUGAAUGAUCUGCAUGGAAAAGAGCCUCUCUGAAUCCCCCCAUCUUAGGGGCUUUCAGUCAAGAAGUUGGCUACUGAUGGUGUUCUUUGCAGUGCCAGCAGGCAUGCUGCACAGGGGUGUAGCUGGCUGAGGGGAUCCACGCUGUGGGAUUAUUCCAAAAACCCACGUCAGCACCUCAGCUCGGGGCAGUCUUGGGGCAGUUUGGCUGCCAGUUGCAGCUGGGAGACUGGCUGUGUCUGCUCUUUGCGCCCCAGAGCCAAGGAACUGAAAAAGAAAAUACCCUGAAGUGCAGCCUAGGCCUGUCAGGCUUGCCUUUGGAAUAUUGUUACCUACUGAAAUCAGUCCCUGUUCUGAAACUGCUUAAUAACCUGUUGGAAGCUUUGAGAAAGAUCAGGUAUCAACUAUUUAAUUGCAUAGUUAGCUGAAAAUCAGUAGAUGGAUAAUGACGUAAACAUGUAUUGUUUUAUGGGUACUGUCACACUGCUGAUGCACACUUUGCAAUGAUGUAGAUGGCUGGAACAACACAUUUGGAGGUUAAUCUGGUUUGAAUCAAUAAGGUGGUACCUCAGUGCGAGUGCUGUCCUAGAACUUCUAGGGGAAGAGUCUGCAUGCUGGGCAGAUUUAGGUGGCUUGCGUGAAUUAACAAUGCAUUUACCUGUUUGAAAAGUAGAUCUUGAAGGUGGCAUUCCUAAAAUCCUUAGAGCUUGAGGAUAAGGUCAGAGAAUUUUGAAGAGUUCCAGUGUCUCUUCGAUAUGUUGUAGAUCCAACAUGCAGCUCGUUAGGUAAUCACACUGAAGAUCAUAGGUUCACCACACUGUUACUGGUGUUGGUUCAUGUUAUUGGAAAAUAUGCAUUUACUCUGCAGGGGGAUUUUAAAAUAAGCUUUGAGUAAGCACACAUUCUUCUUGUGAUAAGUUACUCUGAAAGGUAGAGAUGGACUUCAGUAUGACUUCCAAAUCUAAGGUUGACUAAACUUCGGCCCUUCUUUGAAAUGUAUAGCUUAAUUGUCUUUGUUCCAAGAAGGUGGCUCUGUUAGCUGGAACAACAGCAUCUGUUACUGCCACUCCUAAAGCCAGUACAUAAUAAAAGUGUUGAUUUGUACUCA